UAUAAAGUAGAGAUCGUAGAGAAGAUCGUAGGAUUUUGAUGGAUUUAAAACGGAGUCUAAAUGAUAGGGAGGUGCCAUUGUCGAAAAAACAGAGAGGUUCAUCUAGUAUAUCGGGUCAGGAACGAUAUGGACAGAUGGUUUUUCCUCAGCCGGUUUCUAAGGGGAAUUCGAAUGUGUAUAGUGGAGCGAAAGGACCUGUUAAUACGGUAGCAAAUGUUGGGAAAAUAGGGGACGACCGACAAGAUACUGAGCAGCUCCAAGAUGCAUUAAUAUCAGCAGGUGUUGAUAUUAAGGAGGAAGAACACAAUAUGAGCCGGUCUUACGAUUAUGUGUUUGGAUCAAAUGUAAUUCCUCUUGAAGAAGAUCGAACAAAAAUGACGGAUUUUUUGAACCCAGUUCCAUUGAAUGAUCUUAUUUAUAGGAUUGCGAUUUCAAACUCUCUUAAAACUAUAGAUCCGGAUAUAGGACCUCUUCUUGCACUUUCAUUGCGCGAUAGAAUGGCAAGUCUCUUAUCAGAGAUGAUAGUUUUAUCUAGACAUCGCACUGCAUCACUUCCUGUUAAUAGAAAAAUAAUUGACAAUGUUGGAAAAAUUCUAGAGGAUAUAAAUAUUAAAGAAAAAGAUAAAGAAGAAAAGCGAAGGGCUCAAAUAUUAUCAAGAAAGAUGGAAGAGGAAAGUAAAAUGGAUAAACAAACCUUAUUAUCUGGAAAUCCGGAAGAUAUGGACAAAAAAAGGAAAAAGAAAGAGAUGCUAAUGAAUUCGUCUUCAAAAAAUCUUUCAGAAGAUGCACAGAAACGAAAUAUUGAUACAACAGCAGCAAUAAUGAUGGGUUCAGGUCCUAAUGGACCAGGUGGUAAAAAAUAUUCAUGGAUGACAUCGACAUUGCCAUUAUCUCCAGGAUAUGUUACAAAAACACCACGAACCACAAGCAAUCAUUCGCAAGCAAGCACAGAAACCGCUAUCAUACAGACUGUUGAAGAGAUAGGACUUAUUACAAUAAGAGAUGCACUUAAUGUUUUAGAAAUGGACAGAGAAGGCGCAGGAGAAAUCUUUGGAAGAGGCGCACGUGCCUUAUCUAGAGGAUAUAUACGCUUAAAAGACUAACAUAUGGCAAAUAUCAGCAGUUAGAUCCAACUUAUAUAAAAAAUUA